AUGGAGAUGGAGUGUAUCAUGCAACAGAUGAGGGAAUUGCACGCUCAACAACUGCAGGCUCAACAACAUCAGCUACCCGAGUCUAGUCAACAAGCUGAAUCCAAUCAUCGUAAUGCCACACUGGUUCAACCCAAUACAUAUGAUAGUGACCCGAAGGUGGACGAGCACAUUUUCACCGACCCUCCUCCCGACAUUAAGAAUGUCGGGGGUGAUCCUGUCAAUCGUGGCCCUAGCACUAGGGAUGGUCCCAUCAACCAUGGUCCAAUCAAUCCUCCUCAACGUCCCCUUAAGAAAGACACAGGCGAGGAUAAGAAGAUGAAAGACCUUGAAAGCAAGGUCAACGCCUUGAUGUCUGCUCAAGAGGUGAAGAAGACUGUUAUUCCAUACCAUUAUCCGAGAGCCGCCGAGUACGACGGCCCGGUUCCCUUCGAGAUCCCCAAGGCCAUCCCCAUCGAGAUCGAGCAGAUCCCCGUCGCCUCCAUCGCCACGUCAGCCCCUCCCCUCCACUCUCUCCCCGUUGUCAAACCCUUGCAAGAUCUCGAUAUCAUCUCCUCCAGCGAGCUCAACGCCGCCACCGACUCCUCCUUCACCUCCGACUUCGAUGACGACGAAGACGACUUCGAGUCCUACGACGAUGGCGAGCUCGACCAGAAGCCGACCUCGGUUGUCUCCUUUCGAGAGACCUCAUCGAGAUCGGAGCCGAGAGUGAAGAGAGGUUGCUGCUAUCGGUGCUCUAAGGGGAGCUGGUUCACUGAGAAAGAGGCUUGUUUGGUUUGCGACGCAAAGUAUUGCAGCAGUUGCGUUUUGAGAGCUAUGGGUUCGAUGCCGGAGGGGAGGAAGUGUGUGGGUUGCAUUGGGAGCCCGAUUGAGGAUUCGAAGCGAGAGAAGUUGGGGAAUAGCUCGAGGUUGCUAAGGAAGCUGCUGAGCUCGCUGGAGGUUGAGCAGGUUAUGAAGGCUGAGAGGUACUGCGAAGCGAAUCAGUUGAGGGCGGAGGAUAUUUAUGUGAAUCGGCAGCAGUUGACGCAGGAGGAAAUGGUCUUGUUGCAGAGUUGUGAGUGCCCGCCGCCAAGGUUGAAGCCUGGGUUUUACUGGUACGACAAGGUGUCGGGAUUUUGGGGAAAGGAAGGGCAUAAACCUGACAAGAUAAUUACUGCAAACCUCAAUGUGGGAGGUUGUCUUAUGCAAAACGCAAGCAAUGGGAAUACUGGUGUCAUGAUAAAUAAUCGUGAGAUAACAAAAGUUGAGCUGCAGAUGCUUAAGUGGGCAGGAGUCCAAUGUGCCGGAAGUCCUCACUUCUGGGUGGAUGCUGAUGGAUCAUACCGGGAGGAGGGACAGAAGAAUGUAAAGGGGAAGUUAUGGGGCAAGGCUAGAACCAAGCUUCUAUGCUCUUUUCUGUCACUGCCAGUUCCUUGUAAGGGUGGAAAUCCCUCCGGUGAAGAAGUGAAUAACAUGCUUAAUGGAGCAUUUCCUAAUUUUUUUGAGCAAAGAAUGCUUCAGAAGUUCUUGUUGGUUGGAUAUGAUGGAUCAGGAACCAGUACCAUAUUUAAACAGGUCAAGUUUUUGUAUGAAAACAUUCCAUUCUCAGAGAAUGAGCGUGAAAGUAUUAAACUUUUGAUUCAAAGCAGUAUAUAUAGCUAUCUGGGUGUACUGCUUGAGGGCCGUGAACGGUUUGAAGAAGAGGCUUUGGCUGAGUUAAAGAAGAAACGACCAUGUGAUAGGACAGCAGGUAAUGAUGUCUCUGAUGAAUGUGAUAAUGUGACUAUAUACUCCAUGAGUCCACGACUUAAAGCAUUUUCAGAUUGGCUGCUCAAGGUUAUGGCAGCAGGUAAUCUAGAAGCUAUCUUUCCUGCUGCUACACGUGAAUAUGCACCUAUUGUUGAGGAACUGUGGAAACAUGCUUCCAUUCAAGCUACAUAUAGCCGGAGAAGAGAAUUGCAAUCACUUCCUAGUGCUGCUAGUUACUUUCUACAAAAGGUGGUUGAUAUAUCCAGGGUGGAGUAUGAGCCUUCAGAUUUAGAUAUUCUCUAUGUGGAGGGAAUAACUUCAGCCAAUGGACUGACAUGUACAGAGUUCUUGUUUCCAAAGUUAGCUGAAGAAAGUGGUGAUAAUACUGACCAACAGGACGCAGUAAGGUAUCAGCUCAUUCGACUUCCUCCAAAGGGCUUAGGCGAGAACUACAAAUGGCUGGAUAUGUUUGAAGAUGUCCGGAUCGUCAUCUUCUGCGUAGCCUUAAGCAACUACAGUGAUUUCUACAAAGAUGUAAAUGGAGUCUCCAUCAACAGAAUGAUGGAGAGCAAGAGGCUCUUCGAGAGCAUCAUAACUCAUCAUGCUUUCAAACACAUGGAUUUCCUUCUAGUUCUCAACAAAUUUGAUCUUUUUGAGCAGAAACUUGAAACAACUCCUUUAACAUUAUGUGACUGGUUCAAUGACUUCAGUCCCAUUUCUAGCCGCCAACGUCUAAGCAACAACAGCAGAAAGUUCAACGGUGAUGCCACAAAAGCUGAGCAGGCUUUUCAUUAUGUUGCUGUUAAGUUCAAGAGGCUAUUUGCUUCAGUUACAGAGAAAAAGCUUUAUGUUACUUCAUCGAGAGGUUUGGAUUCAGAAUCUGUCGAUGCUACACUUCGGUAUGCGAGAGAGAUUCUGAGGUGGGAAGAAGAGAGAAGGCCAUUAAACAAUGAUGAGUUCUCAUACUUUGACAUGACCACCACUUAUCAAUGAUGUUUGUAGAGGAAGAAGGUAGAAUUGAUGCUUGUAGAUAGAUUGGUUGUUGAUUUAUGUUCUCAUUUGCUGUGUUAAGGAGAGGGAAGAUGACUUCCUCUAUGUCUUAUUUCUGCUGGGGUUAAGAAAGCAUUUUGUAUAUCUUGACUGUAGAUAUACUGACAAGAUGUCAUUGGCUAUAAGGCUGAAAAUUGUAAAAGGUCGGCGUGAGUCUAGUAAUUUUAGUCCUCAGGGAGUUCUAUGC